AUGGAUCGUUUCAAAUCAGCGCUUGAAGAGUGCGAACUGGAUGAUCUCGGUUUUAUAGGAGAUGCAUUUACGUGGAGAAAUCAUAACCAUGUUGCAGCUGACUAUGUGAAAGAGCGCCUUGACAGGGCCGUGGCUACCCAAGCAUGGCGUGACCGGUUCACUGCUUACAAGGUGACCAACGGUGAUCCACACCAUUCAGAUCACAGACCGGUCAUAAUUGACACGGCCGGAGCAACAGCAGUCUGGAGAGAGGCCACACAAAAUCGUAUGCCCAGGUUCGAAGCAAGAUGGCUCGAGGAAGAAGGGUGUAAGGAGAUAGUGAAGAAUGCUUGGGAGCGGGAGAAGAUUGUUGAAGAGCAGGAAGUGGCGGGGGCUGCGAAGGGGGUCCUGAAGGAAGUUUUUGACUGGAGUAAGAAUGUACUGGGUGACUUGGAGAAAAGGAUUCACAGACUGAAGAAAGAACUAGAGGCUGAGAGAAGGAAAAGCAUCGGUGAUGAGCAGGUCCGGAGGGAGCACAUGCUGAGAUUCAAGCUAAGCCGGUUGGAGGAUCAAUUAGAAACCUAUUGGAAACAACGGGCACAUGUGAACUAG